AUGAGAGAAAAUGGUUGGGAUGCUUUGAUUACAAAGGUUAUAUCAUUUUGUUGCAAGUAUGAUAUAGUUGUGCCAGAUAUGUCUGCUCCUUACAAAAAAGGGAUAAGGUCUUGUGAACAAAAUAUCACAAAUGAGCAUUACUACCAAGUCAAUAUACUUAAUGUUGUGAUAGAUUUUCAGUUGGCAGAGUUGGAUUGUAGAUUUCCAGAUGAUUCCUUGGAACUUCUUAUUGUUAGUGCUACAUUGGAUCCACGUGUUAACUUUUCUUCAUUUAAAUGUGAAGAUGUUUGCAAUCUUGCUUCAAGGUUUUAUCCUGAGGAUUUUACAUCAUAUGAGUUGCAAGCUCUAGAUAUGGAGUGUGAGUAUUGUAUAGCAGAUAUUCGGAUGGAUCCAAGAUUUGCCAAUCUAACAUCAGUGCAUGAUUUAUGUUGGCAAUUAGUUGAAUCAAGAAAAGCAGCAUUCUUUCCUAUGAUCUAUAGAUUGAUUUGUCUUCUGCUUACUUUGUCAAUCUCUACAACAACAACAACAACAACAGAGAGAACAUUUUCAUUUAUGAACUUCAUAAAAAACAGACUUCGAAAUAAGAUGGAAGAUGAGUUUCUUGAUGAUCUAAUGGUUAUGAACAUUGAAAAGGAUCUUGCCGAUAACAUUGACAAUGAUUAUGUAAUUGCAGAGUUCGAAUUGAGUGGGACUCAUAAGUAUGCUUUGAUAAAGCUUGAAGAAAGGAAGAUGUCUAAGUGUCGUUUUAAGAGGUAUGAAUAG